UUAAAAUUCUAAUUUGGUGAGAGAGGAGAGGAGAAAAUGUCAGUGUGCAAAGAAAACGCGAACAUCAGAGACAACCACCGCCGUGAGCUGGCGGAGAAGUUCGAGCUGCGGCGGAACCUGUACAAGGCGCUGUGCAAGGACACGAGCCUCCCGGACUCUUUGCGCGAGGAGAAUCGCUACAAGCUCUCCAAGCUCCCCCGCAACAGCUCCUUCACUCGAAUCCGGAACCGCUGCAUCUUCUCCGGCCGAGGCCGCGCCGUCUACGAGGCCUUCCGCAUGUCCCGUAUCGUCUUCCGCACUCUCGCCAACAAGGGCAUGAUCAAUGGCGUCAAGAAGGCCUCCUGGUAGCCUAACCCAAACGGUACUGAUGAGGCUGCAGAUUUCUGGAAAAGACAUUUUUGUGCUAUCUUCUGAGAAGUUAAUUUAAUUUAGGUGCUGUUCAGGCUAUGUCUUCGGAGACAUUUUACAUCUCUUUCAAAAGUGAUUUCCAUUUACUUCAUAAAAGAAUUAGUGAAUUACCCUUUUAGUUUUGUGAUUCCUCUGUUCCUGGCCCUGUAGGUUGCUGAGAGAUGGGAGUACCAAUUGUUCAAUUUAGACUUGAUAGAUUUGAAUAAGCAUUGUUAUGUAUUGAAUUAUCGUUGC